AUGCAUCACCAGAUUGUCCUCGGUUUCUUCAUGCUCGGUCUCUUCACUUCUGUCAAUGGCCAGCAGAAGUACUCGGGGAAUUCGGUCCUCGACUGCGACCAGGACGACCGGGACGGACCGUCCCCGGCCUUCCUCUACACCUGCAACGGCAACCGACGGGCUUGCCGGGCAUUCCUCAUAUUCAAAUCUCGGCCGCCCUACGAUUCCGUCCCGACCAUCUCGACCCUCCUGUCAUCGGACCAGGAGGAUGUCGCGAGGAUCAACAAUGUCACGAGGCUCACUGUGUUCCCCACGGACAAGGAGGUGAUCGUCCCUGUGAACUGCUCCUGCUCGGGGCAGUACUACCGGGCUAUCUCCGUGUUUCCCAUAGCUGGCGGCAAGGACACCUACUUCACCGUUGCCAACGACACCUACCAGGGGCUCUCCACAUGCAAUUCUCUAAAGGGAGCAAAUCUGCACGGCGAGUUCGAAUUGGAGGGGGCGAGCGAGUUGCAAGUGCCGCUUCGGUGCGCUUGUCCUACCAGGAAUCAAACUGUAAACGGUGUCAGGUACUUGCUGACCUACUCCAUCAACUGGAAUGAUACUCUUACGGGUAUUGGUGAGAGGUUCAACGCUAGCGCUGAGGCCAUACUCACGGAAAACGGAUUUUCAGAAGCGAACCCCACUAUCUUCCCCUUCACGACGAUUCUAGUUCCUCACAUAAGCGUGCCUUCGAGCUCGCAAACCACCGUAACAUACCAGAAACAGCCAUCUUCGCCUCCACCCACUUAUGUCUCUUCGAGAAGGGAACCCAACAAAGAACUGUAUUUGGGGGUCGGAGUCGCAGCAGGUGGUCUUCUUGUGAUCGUUUUUACCGCAUUCGCAUGUUUUCUGUGGCAUAAGAAGAGAAAGGCGGUGGUUCCCCAGUUUCGAGGGCAGGCGAGUAGGAAAUUGGCCUCACCAGUCGAUCUCCGGUUUGAAAUCGCCAGCUUGGAGGAAAUACUGAAGGUCUUCGUGUUUGAGGAAAUAAAGAAGGCCACGCAGAACUUCAGCUCUCGGAACAGAAUCCAAGGUUCUGUUUUCCGUGGUGCCUUCAGCCAGGAAACCCUAGCAGUCAAGAGGGUGAGUCGAGAUGUGUCCAACGAAGUGAACAUAUUGAAGAAGAUCAACCAUUUCAAUCUGAUCCAGCUUCGGGGGUUCUGCGAAUUCGACAGCUGCUUUUACCUGGUUUUCGAGUACAUGAGUAACGGGUCUCUGAGAGAGUGGCUUUCCUCCAGUAAAAGCUCCGGGAAAACUCGGACCUGGAGCUACAGGAUCAAUAUCGCCCUGGAUGUUGCCAACGGACUUCACUAUCUCCAUAGCUUCACCAAACCCGCUUACGUGCACAAGGACAUCAACAGCAGCAACAUACUGCUAAAUGGCGAUCUCAGGGCCAAGAUCGCGAAUUUCGGUCUUGCACGCGUCGCAAGAAGGGAAACGUCGAGCGCUUCCCUAACUAUACACCCUGGUGGGGCCCAAGGUUAUAUGCCACCAGAGUGCAUUGAGGGAGGUCUGGUCAGUUCAAAGACCGAUGUCUAUAGUUUCGGAGUGAUGCUCUUGGAACUGAUCACAGGGAAGGAUGCGGUCAUUUUGCAAGACGGAAGGGAAGUUCUACUUUCAGCUGCAAUUGCUUCUGCGAUGGAAAGAGAGAAUGCAGAAACCGAGAUUCUUCGAAGCUUCAUCGAUCCUAGACUUGAACAUAGCGGAAGAGUUUUAGCUAUGCGGAUGGUUAGAUUAAGUCUAAUCUGCUUGGCGCAUGAGCCAACAAGGAGACCAGGCAUGGCGGAGAUAGCAGCGACUCUAUUGAAAAUCCAGGCAGAUCUAAAGGCCCAGGAAAUUCAACCAUCGCGCUUGAAGCUUGGUAAAAAGAAGUAA